AGCUAUCUAUCUGUAGUGAACAGUCAGUAUGAAAGUUUUGUAGUCGCUAUUAAGUUUAAGAAAACGCUGAAGUCAUUCGGGUGGAGAAAGACCAGACACUGCUGCAGCCCUCGUCAAUGAGCUAAUUGAGACUUGGGUUACCCACCUCUGUCAGAUGGCGUUCUGCCUGGCUGAGCUGCACUUGUGGUCCACCAAGGGCUCACUUCAAGUUAAAGAUACAGAUAUUGGCACCUAUCAGUACUACGAUAAAGGAGAGCCAGCAAGAGGCCCCAUGCAGUCCAGCUUCAUAUUGCCUCAGGCCAGGAGGCUUCCCUUACCAUCAGGAAGUGCUCAAAUCGCUCUCCCACCGUCUUUGCUGCCUGGGGACGUUCUUCCUUAUCCUUCAGUCAUUUCCCUGGAUCAUCACUACUACAAUGACAAACUCCAGUUCUGUGAAGCUCGAGGCUAUUCGUGGACUCCCAGGAACCGCCGACCAGAAAAGCUACGCGAUUCGCUGAAGGAGUUGGAGGAACUGUUGCAGACCAACACCUGCAUUCACACCAGAUGGAGAAACAAGCACUGCUGCCAGGUCAUGCUCAGCAGUGGAGUGCUGGUGACCCUGACUGUACAAGGACCUCAGCUCGAACAAGUGUGUAUAGACCGUACAUUAGUGGGCCGACUACCAGCCAGCACUGUGACGGAUGCGGUGCUGAGCGAUAGGCUGAUUCUGCUGUCCUUCCUGGAGCAGAGCCAAGUGGCGGCAGUCUACCUGAACAAAAAGACCCAGAACUCCCCAGAGACUGGCAGGCGAACAGACAAACUCUCACCCUCUGAAAUCAAGGUGGUGUGUGUGGAGUUGGGCGGGUGUGGUCGUAGGCUCCACAGACAUGUAGGUCUCAACAGUGUCCAGGAUGUGGUGCUCUGCUGGUGGAACCAGGAUGAGUCCAGUGAGGAGCUAUGGCCCUGGACUCCCACAGAUACACACAGGAAUAACCUUGUCCUGAUCAGCUGCUCACCUGCUGAAGGCCUGAAGGUCCUAAGCUCAGUCCGCACUGAAGGCAACCCCCUGGACUGCCGCUUCAGCCUGCUCCAGCCCUACCAGGUCCUAACAGUGGAGUUACCUGCAGGGCCUCAGGGAUUCAGAGAGGAGUCCUGGGCUGAUACCUGCGUGUAUGAAUGUGCACGAGGACGCCUGCACCGCCUUUCAGUCACCCGAAUCCCGCUGUCAUCUCACCCAGUCUCCUGCUCGCGUCACCCCUCUGAGACCACUCUGCUUCUUGGCUUAAGUGACUCCUCCUUAGUCUUGUACGACCAACGACGCGGGAUCUCUUUCCUAGCCUCGUGCCCCGUGCCGGCCACCCUCCUCGCCUGGCACCCUGCUGGGGCUGUUGUCAUGGUAGGGGGAGGACAGGAAGAGCUGAUGUGCUUUGAUGUGGGCUUGGCACCUGUAAAUAUGGCGCUCGUAUCAGAGGAGGUAGCUUCAGCUCCCACGUUAAGACUAGCUCAGCACCUGCGCUGUUCUGGAGGCUUGGCAGGACUGCAAUGGGCGACUGGCUUGGAUGGAGGCCCAGAGGGGACAGAUAUGCUCACACUGGCUUUUCAUGGGGGACCACUGGGAGCCUUGAGAUUUAGACUAGGAGCUCUCACGGGGGGACAGAUGGGUCCAGGGGAGCUGCUGCAGCAGAGGCUACGUUGUGGUCAAGUCAGAGAGGCACUGGGCGUCCUAGAGGCCAUGGACUGGAGCACCACCGGGGACGAGAUCUACCGAGGCCUGAGCUCAGUCACCAACCACCUGCUGAGGAUGGAGCUGAACCCAGAGAGAGAAGCCCAGCUAGAAGCAGCUCUGGGUGUGUUUUAUGCCCCACCUGUGCCUCUCUCUGAUACAGUGAUACUGGAGUACAGGGAGCCAAUCAGCAAAUACGCCCGCCGCUUUUUUCACCACCUCCUCAGGCACCAGCGUUUCGAGAAGGCCUUCCUCCUCGCUAUAGAUUUAGAAGCCAGAGAUUUAUUCAUGGACCUCCAUUAUGUUGCCAGUGAUAAGGGCGAGCUGGUGCUAGCAGAUGUGGCCAAGAGGAAAGCUAAUGAAAUCGAGGCCCAGACCAUUGCAGGCAACGAAGAUCUUCAGAGAGGCAGAAGUGAUGCCUGUGGUUCCAGCUUCAGUGGCCUUCAGGCAGCGAGGAGGCAAAGUGUAACGGGCCCUCCACACUCCCCAUCAACACAUGCUGAUAGAGCAGCCAGUCGGAGGAGGCAACAACCAGAGACCUUACAUGUGACCGUCAACCCAGACGUGCUCAGGAUGCUGAAACAAACAGGAAGCAGCAGAGCUGACGGAGACGGAGUGAAUGAUGAUGACGACGACCCCGGGAUGCUGCAUGUGGUUCAUUUAGGGAUGGUUUGAAAAGACUAACGAACAACAGAUAAGACUUUAUUAAUCCCAGAGGGACACAACAUCUCACCAAUAACAAGCACAGUAGUUACUUUGCUUGAAGCUUAAUCUAUAAAGGGUUUAAAAGUCCCCUCAUUCACAGCCACACAUGGAAAACGGUUUAUUUUUUUAUACCUGUCAUAGUACGUUUGUGAAUUUCAGCCAAAUCAUAAACAUGAAAUUCACUGAAUUCAGCUUAUUUCGUGUCUUUGUGAAGUCUAAACCAAAUGAACCUUUGAAGGAAACACUUACCUGCUUCUUCCUUUAAAAACACGACAGAAAAUGUUUAAAACCUUUACAUUAAUCAGCCUGAAAAAAUAAAGACUCCCAUUAUACACCCAUCACACUGAUAUUGGAUGUUCCAGGCUUCCUCUGCACGCGCGUGUGUGCGUGUGUGCCGAGUAGAUGUGUGUGUUUGCGUGUUGGCCGAGAUUACAGGCCGCAGUUUUAUUCAUGAACGGGAGCCAACCAGCGACUUUAAAGCAUCGCGCGGAGCCCCUUUCCUGAACAGCAGCCAUAGCCGUGUCAGAGCUGUCGACGCGCUGCGCUCACCGACUAAUCUGACAGCGCCGCGCGAGCCCUAAUCCCUCACUGUAUCGUAAUCUAUUUACUUUGCAUUCUAAGAGGAUUUCCACCAAAAAAUAUACAAGAAGCAAUGUUGGAAAUGGACAGAAGAUCAGCGAGGAUGCUUUUCUGCUGUUUUUUUUUUUUGUUUGUUUUGUUAGCUUUAAAAAAAAAUCAUUGUAUGUUUUUCGGGGAGUCAAUCCUCUACGAAAGGGACGGGUGAAAGGAAUUACAUUUCUGACUGAUACUAAUACUUCUCUUAUGUAAACAUCAAAAUGUUAUAUUUCCCUUCUGAUGAUACAGUCACACUGCAGAGGCAGCUGGAGAUAAGUGGCAUCUGUCGCCGCCUUUAGUGCAUCUCUUGACACGUUUAUAAUUUACAAACCAAGGCUGCAUUAUCUCCUGAUUGUUUGACUUGACAGCUUGAAUAAAAACUGCAAAAUUGCUUAACAGGCAAACACGGGUCCCUCCCAUCCCUCCGAUGGCCUACACAGUCGCCUUUUUGACAUGCACACAGUGAAAGCUCAUAAUACAAAUGAAAUUUCAUAAUACAGAAAACAAAGUGGGAGACCAAAUGCUCUCCUCGGUUACCCUUUAAGCAAUUAUGUCAGCUUUGUGAAAUCCUAAAUAGUUAUGCUUCAUUUAAAAUGUGGCCAGCAGCUUUUAUUUAUGAAACACCGCCUCACGCUCCAAUCUUUGCCAUCCGAGAUGACUUGCAGAGAUAGGCUUAUUAGUGGUAUUAACAUACUGCGCGGCGUGCUGGAGCUGUGAAACGGCCUUGUUAACAUUUGGAAAUGAAUCAAGCCUCCAGCAUUUGCUAUUAUCCAGGUUAGCUGCCUAUUUUUUUCCCCCUCUCCUCUGUGCAACAGCUGUGCUGUUUCUCUGCACUGCGUCUAAUGAUGGCCCUGAUUGGACUGAUACGGUUCCCCCCUCAGGGGGACGUUUGUAUGAUUUAUAGGUUUGUUUCUGAUCUCUGCGAGAGAAAUCCCUAAAAUAUUAUAGACAAAUAUGUCAGGACCAUUAAAGACAUCAAAGAGACAAGUUUACUUACAACAGAGAGUUUUUAGAAGGAAGAGAUUCCCUGAAAAACGAAGAAAAAUACUGACUAGUGUUACAGUUUCUCUUUGUUGUUGGUUCUCAGGUGAUUGAGAUGCACUUUGCUUAAGGAUCACACUGCGAUCGCUUCAUCAAGAAAAGUGCCCGGUUAUAGUUCAGCAUAUCUGGGUUUAAUAUCUGUUCCUGAAAAAGCCUCACAGACAAAAGCGUUAUAUCUUGAUUCUCUGAUUAGAACAGUCUGUUUUUCCUUUCUUUUCUUUUUUGUUAGACUAAA